GCACCAGGGGAUCACCUUCGAACACCAGAUAACAUUUCAUAUUAAGCUCUCUUCAAGUUUCCAAAACCUAGCUAUAGCUGCAAAACUCCUUCCCUUCCAUCGCUUCCCUUUCAAUUAAUCACAUCUUAAAUUAGUUUCUCUCUGAAUUCCUGCCAUGGCACCUCAUGGAGAAGCCCUUAAUGUUGGUUCAUACUCGAGGACCAACAACUUCGACAAGCCCCCGAGGCUGUCCACCGACGGCCUCCACCGGACGCUAUCAGACAUCUCGUUCGAGCUGAGCAAAGAGGCCAUAGACCUCAGCAUCCACGGCACUCUCCCGCCCAUAUCGGAGGUCGAAGACGCAAUGUGCGAGUGCUGCGGCAUGAGGGAGGAGUGCACGCCAGAGUACAUUGGCCGGGUGCGGGACAAGUUCUUGGGGAAGUGGAUAUGUGGGCUGUGUGCGGAGGCGGUGAAGGACGAGGUGGAGAAGAAUGGAGGGAAGGGAGAGGAUGCCUUGAGUGCUCACAUGAGUGCAUGUGUUCGGUUCAACAAGCUUGGGAGGGCUUAUCCUGUUUUGUGCCAAGCUGAGGCCAUGAGGGAGAUGUUGAAGAAGAGCUCAUUAAGGUUGGAUGGAAGACUUAGGGCCAAGUCCAUGAGCCCUAGGGAUACGGGUGCUGGCCCAAAGAAAGGCGGUAUCGCGAGGAGUUCGAGCUGUAUUCCGGCAAUUACAAGGGAGAUAAAUGAUCUAACCAUCACCAAUUGAGUUAAAUUUGCUAAGACAAAUAUAUGUGUGUAAAGAGCUUCUCUAGCUAGCGACGAUCAUACUCUUUAGGGAAAAUGGUCAUUAUUUUAUGUACCUCUCCCAUAAUCUUGUAAGGCACCCAUUACAAUUGAAGGCUGUUUAAUUCUCAUUAGGGCUAGUGAUCAAUUAGGAACUUGUUUUGUAAUGAUCACAUGCACUUCCAUUCUCUUCUACAUCAACCUAGCCUUAGUUUCUGCUUCUCUAGCUCUAUGUUUGACCAACCUUUUAAUUACCCUCUAGCUAGGGUUCUUUUUUGGUUGGGCUAUGUUAUAUAUACCCAGCCCCUUGUAUGUUUUCAUCUGACUGUAGCUCAACCUUUAUUUUACCACCCCUUGGGGGUUUAGUUUCAGGUAAUGAAAACUUUGUUGCCUGUUUUUAUGUAUACCUUUUAAUAAGGUUGUAUGUUAUUUUAAAUUUUAUAUUAAAUAGUAAUUGAAGUUUCAAAGUUUGGAUGA